AUGUCGCAGGAUCUGUCGCCCGCCAACGCUUCCGAAUCAAGCGCCCCAGCUGCCGCCCACCAGCCAGCAAUCGAUUACAGUGCCUCCUAUCGAAAUCACGACAGCCUCCCAACUUCAGUAAGCUCUCCGGCCACCCUUGCAGAUCAAACUGAAGCCGCCAGCCCGGGGAUCAUGAUCGACAUCGGACCGACUCUGGACUCGCCAGCUUCGAGUGGGGCACCUUCACUUCGCGAUCAGUCGACUCCGAGACUGACCUGCGAGAGAGAGCUUCCACCUGUCCCGACUGCCGCUGAAGGUUUCUCAGACACCGCAUCAAAUGCAGCCGACACGGCACAAGUUGCUUUGGAAGGGCCUCUUCAGCCUUUCACUCUGAGCGAUGUCAAGCGAAACAAGACAUUGCGACGCUACGCCCGACGCCUCUCAGACGAAGAGAGGAAGCAGCUCUCGAACGAACAAGAGCGUCUCCGUGCCGACGAGAUCAUCAGGGAUCAAGUCAUGAAGCAACUACAAGCCGAGCAGCAGGACCUGCUUAAGCCUCCAACCCCUCGUACUCCACGACGCGCGGUGACGCCUCCGCUUGCUCCUCCGCCUCCUUUCGCUCCUCCUCCGGUCCCUCCAUCCCCUUCAGGCUCUGUGGCUUCAUGUCGCCCCUCCAUCAGCAGCAAGUCGCUGCGAAGCGUUUACAAAGCUGCUCAUGCGGAGCGCGGUAGCUCCUCUCGCCGAAAGAGGAGUGGCACCGUCGGGGCCGUGAUGCAACGACCGCAGCAGCGUCCACCGAGCAGCCCGAGCCACAGUGUGAAACAUCCUCCAUCGCCAAGAACGCUCGAAGCACGCCCGAGAACUUCCGAGGCUCAGGAGAGCAUCCGUAGCAGCGCUCAGUCUUCGCAGCUUUGGGAGUAUGCUGAAGCAGCGAGCUCACGCAACUCGUUCGUGAGCUUAUACAGCCAGAUUUCUUACAUCAGCUACGCCGAUUCGCGCUCAAAAGCUCGCAAAUCUUCGGCGACCGAGCCGAGUGCAAGCAGAACGCCAGCCAGUCAAACCUCGUACGAGAGCUCAACAACUUCGAACGGACACGAGGCCCCGGUCCAGUCAUGUCCAGCAUCAAGCUCGCAGGGAAGCGUCAGCUCGUCCUCGAACUUGGACAAGGAGCUGCCUACACCGCCUUUGAGCGAUGACGGAGACAGCUCUGUGGGCGCGGUAUCAUCUGACUGGCUGUCUCGUGUGCCAGCAAUGUGGAACGUGGUUCGAUCGACGCCUGUGGUGGGGAUGUCGCACAGCGCAAGCAGCUUCGAGCAAGCGCAGACGCGAGGUCUGCGGGAACGACUCGUCCACACUGUCAUGUCCCCGGGAACAGCCGAGCCAUCGAUCCGGGUCGCUAAUCGAGAAGCCAAAAUCGAAACACUGCGGCUUUCGGGCAUCGAAACGGGCUAUCAGGAGGUGACGGUGGCCGAAGCGGUACGAAGGGCCAAGUGGGCGAGGGAGCAGGCGGCGCGCAACCAGCUGGACGCAUACGAGCGAAGCAAGCUGGAAGCGGACGAGAAGCGGCGCAGAAGGGCGGUGGAGCAGCAGCGGCUUCUCGACCGCGAGCGAGCCAUGCGCCGACGGGAGGAGCAGGAGUGGCGAGAGCAGCAAGCGGAACGCCUCGAGCAGGAGCACGAGAUUCAGAGGCGAGUGCAAGCGGAGCGAAUCGCAAAGCUCAGAGCCGAAGCAGAAGCCAAAGAGCAGCUUGAUCGAGAGCUCAGAACCAAGCAAGCGGCCCGGGAAAGCUAUCGCCAGGGGCGUUUGCUGGAGCUCACAACAGCGUUGCGAAACGAGAACGAAAUGGACGCCGAGGCGCGAGCUUCACCGAUCUUGAAGGGAUGGCUGAACCUUCAGCUCGAGGGCGAAGUGCAUUGGAAGCGGCGCUGGUAUGCAGUGACAGGACGACAGCUCAUCCUCUCUCGCUCGGCCACGGACCGCAGUCCGAAGACAACCAUCCCCCUAGAUCCGACCCGCCUGAUCUCUGUCAGCGAUCAGCACGAAGAUGGGACCAUGGACCGAACCUUGAUGCUCGAGGUGCAGCAGAGUGCGAGCGACGACCGUGCUUCGGGUCUUGUUUCAGAGAGCACAGCGAAGCGAUCCUACACUAUCCACCUAGAUACUCGAGAUGCCAAGGAGGAGAUAGAACUUGUCAUCGAAGCCAUUGCCAGCCUUUAG